UCUUGAUAUCUCGUUACGUGGAAAUACUAACCUUGAUAAUCGCAACGAUACCAUAUUUGCUACGAUAAUGUUGUUUAUAAGACGUUACUGUGAUCAUUGAGCCCUCCCACGUAACAUUUACGGGAAAAUCUUAUCUGGUAUAGCAAAUUACCAAGUCGUAGUAACGUGUCAGUCACUUGGUAGAAUGCAUCGAAGCUAUAUCGCGAGUUUCGUCGAGCACCGGUGAAUUUUGUCAUAGCCUUGACUUAGUUUUUUUUUUUUUUUUUUAAUACUUUCGGGAAUGAAUAUUCGUCGAGAUAAUCCUCGUUCGAGCGCGACGAUAACAAACAACGAUGAUGUGGGUGGCGAAAAUGAAACGGAAAAUUACCGUCGCAACGACAUCGCGACGCGAGAAACCGACAACUCGACCGAGUUUCUCAUCAAGUAUCGCGACCGCGUUUACAAUAUUCGCAAUUUUUUGCAUCAUCAUCCCGGAGGAAGAAAUACACUCGAGCGUUACAAGGAUCGAGUUCUCGACGAAACUUUAGCGAAAUAUUCACAUUCCAAGUCCGCUUAUCAUCUUCUCGAAGAAUUCGCUGUGCAGCAACAGGAGAAGUACGACGGGUGCGAAGAUUUGAUAGACUGGAACGCACCGAUUUUGCAACAAGUUGGCCUCAUGGGAGAUCGAUACUGGGAAUGGGUGAAUUUACCGGUGAACCGGCCCAUUCGAUUUUUCCAAUCGGAUAUUUUGGAAACGUUAUCGGUCACGCCGUGGUACGUUCUGCCGAUUUUCUGGCUUCCCAUGGCUACGUAUUUCUUUUACGUGGGAUGUAGUUCGCACACUGCGAUAAAUAUCGCGGUUACGUUGCAGAAUAUAUUACCAUCGUUCGUCUUGGGAGUGUUCAUAUGGACCGUUGUGGAAUAUUUCGUACACAAAAAAAUUUUUCAUUUCAAGCCACCGCACAAUUCAAAAUUACUUAUUACUCUGCACUUCUUGUUCCACGGGAAUCAUCACAAGGCGCCAUUAGACGGACGAAGGCUGGUGAUUCCACCGAUACUUGGCGCUAUUGUUGCGGCAAUCGUUUGGAAAGCUUACAAAGCGAUGUUUCCUCUGACGAUAGCUCCUUUUGUCGCUGUCGGUACCAUAAUGGGCUACUUAUGUUAUGAUCUGAUGCAUUACUACUUGCAUUACGGAGCGCCGAAAGCUGGAUCGUAUUUGUAUACGAUGAAAAGAAGACACAACUAUCAUCACUUUGUAUAUCAUGAUCAAGGAUUUGGAGUAACUAGUGAGUUGUGGGAUCGAUUACUCAAUACGGAUUUAAUUAUGCGAAAUUUAAAAGAACCAUUGGAAUGGUAAAACGCUUAUUAAAAACUAAAGUGCUGAUCGCAUAUUUAUUAAUUACAUAUAUUUAAUAUACAUGUAUGUAUGUAAUUUAUU